ACAAAGACAGUUGAAGGAAGGGAAAUGGAAUGAGAAAGUAAUAAAGAAAGAGGAAAUGCCAUCAUUUCUGGAUUAUGAGAAAAAUUACUAUCUCAGCUAAAAGAGACCAUCACAUAUUUGCCAGCUUAUUAUGGAAUAGAAAAGUGAUGAAAGAUAGACAAAAUUGGGAGGCUUGCUGUGUUGAAAAUUAUUAUAUUGACAUCAUCCAAGAUGUCGUGUUUGCACAGAACAGCAAAAAUCAAGGUUAAUGAAGAUGGAACAACUGAAAAAGCUUCUUCCAACCCCCUUCAGAAGAAAAGGCUUAACUUAGGUACCGAUGGAGCUGAAUGAUCCCGACAUCUUAAAAUACAAUAUAUUGCAACUGCUAAUCCGCUACCCAAAUGGUGUCAAAUUUGGGGACUUUAGUGGUGCAUUUUAUCAAAUCCAUCAUUUUCAUCCUCAAUUCUCUCAUUACGGGUAUAGUUCACUCAGAGGGUUGCUGGGUGAUAUGAAGGAAACUGUAGUUAUAGAAUGCAGCAAAUCAUCUGAACCAGUAAUGAAGCUAAUAAAUGAUUUAAAUCUUGAUGGCCUGCUGGAUGAAAUCGAACAAAAUGGACCGGACAGUUUUGAACAGGAAGAUUCAAGAUUGAAGGAGGAAGAAAAAAGAGCAAAAGGGGAAGAUAAAGCAGCAGCAGAUCUGGCUGAAGUCUUAGCAGCAGUUACCAACCUCCUACUAGGAUAUGGGUCAGGUUUGCAGUUUGAGAAAAUGCAGACACUCUUGUUUUCCACAAUUGGAAUUGAUCUACAGACAUUCAGCAUCACCAAAGGCUAUAAGGAUGUCCUAACCUUUUUGGGUGACCAUAUACCUAAUCUAAUCAUCAGACAUCGAGGGAAUAAAUAUGUUGUCCAGCUUGCUCAAGAUUUAACAGUUGCAUCAGUGCCAAUUUGUAGCAUCUUGAAAUUAUAUCCUGAUGGCUUGAAAUUGUCGAAGUUAAAAGAGGAAGUGAAGAAGAAAUGUGGAUAUGAUCUGGAAGUAUUUUGCUAUCAAGUUGGCUUUAGCGACAUAGUUUCCUGCCUCCAGGAGAUUCCUGAGCUGGUAAUAAGCAGGAAUAAAAAUAGGAAUUGUAGGAUUCAACUUAAGUCAGCUUCCCUCAGCUGCUCCUCAUCCCAAACCAGCCAUUCUCCCUCUUCUGAUUCAAAAAAGUCUACCUGUAUAUCAAAGAGUGUAAACCAAGAUGCAUCUGAAAAGAAGCCUGCUUCAUACCAAUCCAGUUCUUCUUCCUCAUCUGACUCAGAUCAAUCUAUCUACACAUCAAACAGUUCAAACAAAGUUGAAUCUGAAAAGAGACAAAAGAUUGUACUAAGUAACGUCAUGGCAUCAAUCACUGCCCUCUUAAGCAGGUAUAUGUCGGGCCUGAGAGUUAAGAAAUUGCAAGACUUGUUGCUGACAGAAGAAGGGAUUGAUCUUGAGAAGUUCAGCUUUUCCUUGGGACACAAAGACUCAUUGGAAUUUUUGGAGCAAAAGUUGCCUCAAUUGAUUUUGAGCUACAGAGCGAACAGGCUUAAUAGCGUUGUCAUUGAACCUCAUUCAGUUCCUCUUCUGGAAUCCACAGGAACAGCUGACCCACUAAACUCUGCUCCAGAUGUGCCAAUUCCUUUUCUGAAAUCCAUAGGACCAGUUGACCCACUAAACUCUGCACCAGUUCCCCUCAACUGCACUUUAUAUCAUUCCGGCUAUUCUUCCUCUCCUGAUUCAUAUCAGUCUAGCUGCCCAUCAAACUAUUCAAAACAAGAUGAAUCUGAAAAGGGGCCUGUAUUGAGCGAUGUCAUGGCUUUAGUCACUGACCUCUUAAGCAAUUAUAAGAAGGGCUUGAGAAUUUGGAAAUUGCAAGAUUUCUUGCUGACAAAUGAAGGGCUUGAUAUCGAGAAGUUCAGCAUUGCGCAGGGCUACAAAGACACAGUGGAAUUUUUGGAGCAAAAGAUGCCUCAACUGACGUUGAAGUACCAAGUUAUCAGGCUUAAUACUGUUGUCAUUGUACCUCACUCAGAUUUAGAAGAAAUCUCUGAACCUGCUUCGGCCAUCAGUGAACUGUUUGCAAAUGGCUCUCAGUAUCAAAACGCAUCUGCUUCAGUUGCUGUUGUCCCCCCUGAAGUAAACAACUUGUUUCACACCAACCAGUCUGGUCCAUCUACCAUGUCCUCAAACUUACCUUCAUUUCAUGAGCCCCACAAUACUUUAUCAGUCAAAGCCAAGAGUUCCUCUCUUUUUUCUUCUGUUGUUCAGUCACAGCAGCCAAACCCACGCCAGCCCAGUGCAAAAUCAGUCACCAAACAGACAGCCGGCAAUUCACAGGUGGCCACAUUCCAACCCUCAACUGUUCAGGAUGAACUGAAGCAACAGGUAGCCCUGAUUCUGGCCAGGCAUCCAAAUGGGAUGUCUCUAUUCCAGUUCCGAAUUGCCUAUAGUGCUACCUUUAAACAACAUUUUCCGGUGGGAAAUGCUGCUUCUACAAAGCAACGUCUCCUCGAAAUGCCAGACAUUGUUUAUCUGAAGGGUCAUGGAGUUCAGGCAUUGCUGAUGCCCGUAUCCCCUGAUGUGUCACCUGCAAAACCAGGUCAGCCUGUCUCUUCCAAAGUUGAGAAUGUUGCAGUGGUAUCUAGCCUUGAAUUGGUCCAUCCUGUACCUGGGACUGAACCUUCUGUACAAAGCUUUGAUUCUCAUUCUGUUUGGACAUCACCUUUAGACUCCCCUGAAAAUCCAGGAAGCAAGGACUGCUGCAUCUCUAAGGACCUAUCCCCAAGUAUGCUUCUGGCCACAUGCCAAGAGCAAGAGAAGGCCAGAACAAGUUUGCCAGGCUUUUCGGAUCAACUGUCAAAAAUAGAAGACAUUCCAGUGCCCUCUGGUUGUUCUUUGCCUACGGAUGAAUCACUGAUAGUUCCACAGUCUUUGCUGGUGCCUGCUGCUCCCAGGGCUUCCAUGAUUCCUAUACCUAGGCCCCAUCAUUCCUUCUUGCAAUAUUAUCAGUCCAUCAGAGCACUAGAAAAUAAGGGGAAUAAGCCAUUCACUGAACUUCACACCCAGAGUAUCCCAGGUUCCAUUAAAAUUAUGCAAACGAACACAUCUCAUUUGAAUGGUCUUGGUGCCAAGCUAAGAGAGAUCCCCUUCAUUCCAGAUUGCUCUGCAGCUUUACCUACACAUUCUCAAUGCACAGUAUGUGGUGAGAAUUUGCAGCCAGGUAUUCUUAAAUCCAGAUUUACACCUUCCACUAACUCAAAUAUUUCUGUUUCAUCAGUUGACUCGCCAUCAGUUCCCCCAGUUUUAGUAAAACCUUCUGAAAUUUACUCUCCAAGGAGUACAUCACAGAGCUUCGAUAGUAUUCAGCCUAUGCUUCCAGUGCAACCACCACCUCCUAGCCGAAAUACAGAACAAAGGGAUUAUAAUUGUGCUGUUGCAGAAUUUGAUUCUUUUUCUGAAAUACAGAUACAAUCCAGAGCUUCCCAGCAUUUCUCGAGUCCUGACUCCUCUGCAAAGAUGAAUUCUGUUUCUUCAUUGUCUAGAAAUUCUGCAAGCUGCUUUCCAUCCAGAUCCCAACCAGAUCACCAAUUACAACAGCCUACCCAUACAAGACCAGAUGAUCUCCAAUCUAUUUCUGUUUCUUUAGCAGAUAAAGCCUCUUUGGAUAGCAUGUCUCCUGCAGCCAUUUAUCAGAGAAAACCUACUUAUGCGAAUUCUAUUGAAACCAACUCGACCACAGAAUCAUUCAUUGCUUGUUCUGUCAGUGGAGCCUUUCACACUUCAUCUGUGAUCGCCAAUAAUUCCAGGGCUUCGUCAUCUGUAUCCUCAAGGAGAAGGGCAGUAAAUCCAGCUUCUUCUCCGUUAGACUUUACUGCCAACUCAUAUGAUCAAAUUGCCUAUGAUUCUGCUAAGAGCACCAGUAAUUCCAGUCCUUUGUUUUCUGAGACUCAGGUUUCCGCUCAGCAAAGAGAGUAUGCCAGGACAUCUGCUACUGUAAUCUCAAACACAGAAACAACAAGCCCCACUUCUUUGUCGCCAGAAUCCACCACCAGUUCACACCACCAGUUUGCAUAUGCUUCCAGCAGGAUCACCACUAAUUCCAGUGCCCUAUCUUCUGAGACUUAUGCUUUCACACAUCAGAGCCAGAACACACAGGCAAGCGAGACUAGAAUUGCCUCGAGUACAAAAAAGGCGGACUCCUUUUCUCCUCCUCUAGAUUCUACCACCAGCUUACCUUGCCACCAUGCCUAUGCUUCUUCUGAGGCCACCAGUACUUCUAGUGUUUUGUCAAAGUCCAUUGCCCGUCAUACUCCAAAUGCUGAUUUCCAAACUAAUUUAAAUCAUGAUCCUCCUAGUCAGAAUAAUCUCACAUCCUCAUUGUCUAAACAGGGGGAUCAGUCUGCCUCUCUGCAAAAAAAGCAGGUGCCUGUUAAACCUAUCUCCAAACACUAUAAUGGAUGUCUCAUCCUAUAAUAGGCUAGUCUUCAAAUGGUCCAUGUGAAGACAUUUGCAUAUGGACACCUUUUUUUUCAGGGAUAGAUGAAGAACAGCCUCUUCAAUAUGCUACCUAAGGGCAUUCAGAAACCAUCCUUAUCUAAACCAACCAAUGACCCCUAACCUAUCAACUAUCAAGUUCAGAGAUUGAAUGUUAAGAAUAUUGUAAUUAAAUUGUUUCAGCCAUAAAAAGAACAGUCACUAGAUUACACAGAGUGAAAUAGCUACCUCAAAUGGCACGUAGCAUGGAGCUGCAGUACAGUAAUAGAGGAAAGAAUGAUGGAUGCUCUUACAGCCAUUCCAGUGCUCUCUAGCUGAUUUGCUGGUUUUUUAUGUGAUGGAAGAUACCAUCAACAGCAUUGAGCCAACGUCAGCUGAUUAACUCAUUUUUUGAAUGGGAAACAGAAGCUGUGAUUUCCCCCACCCCCACCCCCUUUCAAGUGGGUGUACGCCCUGGGUUGUCUUGCCCAAAAUAUCACUGUGAGAUCUUCCUUUCAGUUCUACUAACUAGAGCUCUUUUUUUAAAAAAAAGACAGGAUAGAACUGUAAUUGUCCAGGGUGGUCAGAUUCUGUGCUGGAAGCAGCUUGAUUUGCUGUUGUGCAAGCGUAUAAUUACUUUAUACUGCUGUUCCGAAAUCAUGGGUACAAACUGAUUCUUGAACCUUCAGCCUUCUCUCUCAAUCUUCUGAAAUGUUUGUAUACAACACAUUUCAAAUGUAAACCAAUUGAUUCAACAUCAUGUUUAAAAAAGUCAGAUUUGCGGGUUGUUGAAUAUGUUGCCUUCCAUAUCUCGUAAUGUCUGGGAGCAGAAUGGUUGAAGAUUGUGCAUUCUGUAUUUUCCUCUGGAAGUUCUGCUGAAUCGUCUCACAUGUGUUUUGGUAGAAAUGCAAAUGGAUGCAGUUAGAUUGGAAUGUGUUGCUUUCUGCUCUCCUGCUUCUCCACACAGGCGGAGUGUUUGCUUGCUCACUUCCCGUUUUCCCAGCACUCUUCCCUUUUAUCCCUUCAGCUGUCAUUGAUGUCCCAGUGCUGUAUAUGUCACUGGCUGACUUGUCCUUCAAUCUUCCCAGUACCCUCACCUUAGCCUCCUACCCUUUUUUGCCUAUCCUUCUCUUUCUCCUUUCAAUGAGAGCAGAUUUACUUUAAAUCCUUUCUCUAAACCUGCUUCUGGCUUACUACCAACCUUCUCUAUAACUACCCUUAAGAGGUUAACUUUUUUCUCUAUAGGCAUGUGGAAAAAAGGGUAGUUAUUACUGAAGAACAAGAGACUUUGUCCAAUCAACACUAAUUCAAGGCAUGUGCAAAUUUUUUGCAGGCAAAUUUCCAUCUCCAAUUUAAUUGCUUAGGAAAUUAAUAUUUUAUGUAUUUUUUUGGUUCAUUGUGUGGAUCUUUUGGCUUAUAUUUUUCUGUCAAAUAAAAUAAAAUAUUUAGCAGAGAAUAAA